CUGAGGUGCUGGACGAGAGCUGCUUCUGCCUCGGCUUUCGGGCAGAGCAGAGCAGAAUGAGGGCAGCAAGCAGCUUUUGGGGGGUUUCUGCGGGGGCUGACUUUCGUUGUUUGACAGGACAGGCAGAGGCCACAGUGCGAAGCUCUCUGUGGAAGAGCUGCCGUGGGCAAGGCCAGGCUGCCGGAAGGAUGCAGGGACGGAGGAGGCCUCGGAUGGAACGCGCUGCUGAGCGGAGCCGUUUCAAGGGCACCCCGCAGGUGAGGCAGGAGCCAUGCAAACCGGGAAGCGGUGACCUUCACUCCCACAAGGGCCCGUGCCACGCCCGACGCCAGCACCACCCCUUCCCGGUAACCGCGCCCCACCAGCGGCCGCUCCCGCACCGCGCCUGCGGGACAUGCGCGGACCCUGCCGGGCUCCUGCCCCGUGUCCCUUCCCCCCGCCUCUUCCUUCCCGCCUUUGCCAUGGCGACACCGAGUGGCCUAAUCCGGGCCCUACACCGCGGGACCCUCGGCCAGAAUAUGGUUGUGGAUCGGAUUUUCUCUGGCAUCCAGCCAACUGGGACCCCUCAUCUGGGUAACUACCUUGGAGCCAUUCAGAACUGGGUGAAUCUGCAGGGAAAGUGCAGCUCAGUGCUCUAUAGCAUUAUGGACAUGCACUCUCUCACCAUGCCCAAGGAGCCAGCUGUCCUGCGCCAGAACAUCCUGGACACCACUGCUGCCAUCCUUGCCUGUGGGAUUGACCCAAAGAAGUGUUUCCUGUUCCAGCAGUCACUGGUUCCUGAGCAUGCAGAACUUGCCUGGAUUCUUGGGUGCUUAACUAAUGUGCCACGUCUGCUACGUUUGCCCCAGUGGAAGAUGAAGUGUGCCAGCCAGAAUAGCGAAGGAACUGUUGGUUUGUUGACUUACCCUGUGCUUCAAGCAGCAGAUAUUUUGCUGUACAAGUCAACACGUGUUCCUGUUGGAGAAGAUCAAGUCCUGCACCUGGAACUAGCCCAAGAUAUAGCACAACAUUUCAACAAGAAAUAUGGAGAAUUCUUUCCUCUGCCCAAAGCCAUUUUAACUACAACAAAGAAAAUAAAAUCCCUCAGAGAUCCAUCAGUGAAGAUGUCCAAGUCAGACCCACAGAAGUUAGCUACUGUUAACAUAGCAGACAGCCCUGAUGAAAUAGUGCUGAAAUUUCGCAAAGCUGUGACUGACUUUACCUCGGAGGUGACCUACGACCCCGCCGCUCGCCCCGGUGUCUCCAAUCUGGUGUCCAUUCACGCUGCAGUAACAGGGCUUAGCAUCGAAGAGGUGCUGCACCAAGCCACUGGUCUUGACACUGCUCACUACAAAAUGGUGGUAGCAGAGUCGGUUAUCCAAAAAUUUGCACCUAUCAGGAAUGAAAUCAAGAAACUCCAGGAAGACAAGUCUCAUCUGAUAAAGGUUUUAGAGGAUGGAGCAGAGAAAGCCAAAGAAUUGGCUGCUCCUACCUAUCAAGAAAUAAGGAGACUGGUGGGAUUUCAAUAGAAGCUGCUGAGUAGUUGCAAGGACUUUUGUAUCAUGGGACAGAGAUUUUGUUAUUUGUAACAAAAUCAUUUAUUAAUUAUUAAUCAUUUUGGUUUGAAACAAAAACAUUUUUUCCUGGAAGAUCCAAGGAGAAUGUUGAAAGUGAUUGCAUUAAAAAAUGUGCAUGAAGCCAGAUAUUUCCAGUGGGACCAGCAUUAAGCUUUUCUGGAUAAUUAAAGAGGGAGGACAGAAGCAA